AUGGAGUGGGCUCAUCAUGGGAUAUUUUUUAGGGAGGAAUUGAUAGAAUUGAUGUGUGAAGGAUUAGGUGUGAGACCAGGAAAACUCAAAGAAUUGAGAUGUACUGAAUCAAGGAUACUUUUAGGUCAAUUUUACCCGUAUUGUCCACAACCUGAUCUGACGGCUGGAAUUGUUCCUCAUACUGAUCAUACUCUGUUGACGGUGAUGGUUCAAGAUCAAAUCGGUGGGUUGCAAGUUAAGCGUGAAAAUAAGUGGGUCAAUGUUGUGCCAGUUGAAGGAGCUGUUACAAUCAACAUAAUCUCAAAUGAUAAAUACAAGAAUGUGGAACAUCGGGUAUUGGCUAACCGGUCGAUGGAGUCGAGGAUUUCUGUGCCGUUGUUGUUCCACCCAGCAGGUGUAAGCAAUGUAGAUGAUGACUCGAGUUAUUAUGGCCCCUUGCCGGAGCUCUUAUCGGCUGAAACCCCACCUUGUUACAAGGAUUUCACGUUGGCAGAGUUUUGGAAGCAAAGUCAGAGUAAAGCCAUAUGCUCGAAAAAUUUGACAAGUGCUUUUAGCACUGCAAGGGAUGAUGAAAAUUUAAGUUGA